AUGUGCUACGUGGGAAAAGCAACAAAGAUCUUCAUCUUCAUCGUCUCUGCGCUUCUUGUUACUGGUCUGAUCAUAGGAUUCGGUCUUUCACGCCACCGUCGCAAUAAUAACAACAACGCCAAAUGCUCCGAUGAACCUUGCGGUAGUUUUCCGACACCCAAUUUCAAUUUACCUACUCCUCCUUUUACUCCAGAGAACCCCAUUUCUCCCCCUGCUCCUCCGGUACAAUCAGAAUCUCCUCCGGUAACAAAUCCAACCCCUCCGCCGCCGCCUGACUCCACCUCCACCUCCAACCCUCCUCCUCCUCCUCCUCCUCCUCUGCCUGACUCUAACCCUAACAACCCUCCUCCACCGUCAAUUCAGUCGCCGCCGCCUCCUCCGGCGAAUGUAGCAGAGCCACCGACGAGUAGUACGCCGGGAUCGGCGGUAGUGAGUCCAGGUCCUGUACAUGCUAUUUUCUAG